AUGGCGACUAAACCACUUACAACUGAAACAAUUGCUCUGACUGAGAAGAAGAUGGACCAUGACAUAGAUGACAUUAUUAAAAUGUCAAAAGUUGCUCCAAAGGGUAAGAAGCAGCAGCGAAGGGCUUCGAAUAAAGCCCAGAAUUUUGUAAAAGUUGCUGCUCAAGAUAAACCAGCAAAGCUGCGGCGCUUUAUGGACGCAAGAUCUUCCAUUAGACAGGGGGUUCUAGCUCAGAGAAGGUCAAAUUUCCAGGGGAACCAAUUUCCCAUUGCAGCUGAGGCUGCACGAAAGCUAGCAGUUGCUCCUCUUCGCAAUAGAGCUUUUAAUCGUAACCGGGUACCUAACUGGAAACCAAGGGUUGGUGUUCCAAUUCUUCAGAGAAGGGCUGGAAAUGUUGGCUACGGUACUAAGCUGCCACUUCCGCAACAGCAGCAGCAGCAGCUUCGGAAGCAAGAGAAUGCACUUCCUAAGCAGAGGCCUCAAACACUCGAUUUGCUCUUUGCAAACAUGAAGGAGCAAAGGAUGAGGGCCCAACCACGCCAGAACAAUGCCGUACCUCGCAACAUUAGGGGUGUCCAGCAGAGGCCCCCUUGGGGAAGAGGCGGACGAUUUGGCAACUGA